AUGUUACAGGAUACGCUGUACACACCAAUAUCAGCCGAGAUAUCGAGAAACAGUCCACACUUCGACAUCAAUUCGUUUUGCGAUUUAAUUCACCGAGCAAUCCCAGAGGCAGUCAAAGACGGGAAGUUCGUACGCGCUCCAAAUGAUGAUCAAGUUGGUUACAGCGACUCUCUGGCCCCGGUCGUUGUUGCCCCUCCAAGAGGCAUCAUUCCUUCAGGAUUCCCUAAAUUCAGACCUUCAAGACUUGGUACACCUAAAUUUGAUGUACCGAAACUAAGACCUUUAAUGCAAGGUCUAAACGCACCAAAAAUAGGCCCAGCAAUGACAUUCAAAACAUCAUCACCAAGAUAUUAUGUGGAAAAAGAAUCGAGUGCGGAACGAAUGGAGAAAUUCAAGAAAGGCGUUCAGAAGAUGCUACACGUUGUCAAAGUUAUCGGUAAAAUCGAUCAAUAUCUGUCAGAGAGAACGAGGAUAGUGGUGGACAAAUUGACAAAGACAUUUUCCGAUUGA